AUGCUCAAAUUAAACUCUAAAUCCUUUAUUUUAUUGUCUGAAUAGACUGAAAGAUUGCAUUAGACAAGUUUUAAAUCUCAUAGAUAUUUACAAUAAUUGAAGUAUAAAUGCGACUCCUCUUUUCAUGUCUCGAGAUUUAGACAAAAGUCUGCCAGAGCCUCUAUAUUUGGAGAUGAAAACUAUUCAAAAAAGUGGAUGCAAUAAAUCAAAAUAGAAAUACCCAUGCAUAGAAAUUAGAAAUUAGGAAAGCUAGUUUUCGAUAAAUUAAAAAGACUAAUACCCACUGUAAAAUAUAAUUCAGCAUUAAAAAGCUUAAAGGAUCAUACAAAAGUCCUAAAGAUAUUGCUAGGAAUUAGACCAAGAUAAGAAACCAUCAAAAUUUCUGAUAAUAAUAAAAGAGGAUCUCUAAAGAAAAUACCGAACUUCAUUAUUCAAAAGUCUAAAUAACCAUAGAAACCACUCUUAAAAUUAUUUUCUUUUAAUAAAUCAUUAAUUAUUUCUCAACCUCUCUUUAAUAGAGUACAUAGAAAUUUCAGUCAAGGACAUAUAUCAUGUACUAAGUUAUCCUAGAAUGAUUCUCCAGAGAAAUCUCUGCCUUUAACUUAACAAAAGAGAUUAAGUGUCUAAAUCAGAAACAUUUAUGGAGUCAAACCAUUUUCGAACAUUUGA